AUGAACAGUCAAUUGUCGCCAAGUGCGAGACGUCAACUCGACCGUUUCUGCCGCCAAUAUCUUCAAGUUGAGCCCGACCUUGACUACCCUGAUCCAGAGCAUCUACGGAAUGAUGGCUUUCAACAGGCUCUCUAUGCUAGAGCAUUCAAAGACGGAGUCGCUCCCUCACCACCUACCAGGUACCGGCUACGCGUCUUGAAGAAGCUCACCAAGAAGAUUGAGGAGAGUAUUCAAGACUGGGACGAAGAAGGUAUUUCUGAUGAUAUAAUGAACUGUCUGUCCUCUUUGCUUUCAUCGUCUGUUCCUCCUGAAGCAACUUCAGCACAGCAAAAGUCGUACGUUACGUAUACUCUUGCUUCGCUCGGUUCCAAAGAUCAGGAACCCCCCUGGAUCUCCCUCCUUGAAUCGAGAAAUCUCGUAGCCGCAGCUGGGACUACCGGCCUCAGGACUUGGGAGGCUGCCCUUCAUCUCGGCGAAUAUCUCUGCGCUAACGCUCAGGGUCUCGUUCAGGGGAAGUCCAUUCUUGAAUUGGGAGCGGGGACGGGAUAUGUAUCCAUUCUCUGUGCGCGCCACUUGGGGGCUUCUCACGUGAUUGCGACAGAUGGUUCAGAUGAUGUUGUUGCCAGUCUAUCGGACAACUUCUACCUGAACGAGCUCCAGGAUAUAUCGAUGAUCGAGGGAAAGGAACUCAAAUGGGGCCAAGCUUUAAUGGGUGGAGAGCACCCUGAAUGGAAUGGAGGGCGGAAUAUCGAUCUCAUUCUUGGAGCCGACGUUACCUAUGAUGCAUCUGUAAUUCCGGCCUUGGUAUCGACAUUCGGAGAUCUCUUCGAGUUAUACCCGAAUAUCAAGAUUAUCAUUGCCGCCACGAUACGGAAUCAGAAGACCUUCGAGUCUUUUCUGGAAGCCUGCCGGAUGAACAAGUACAAGGUUGAAAAUCUCGAAUUCGGUAUAAAGGCUGCUGAGUUGCAAGAAGGCCCAUUUUAUCCUCACAAGGUUCCGAUUCAGUUAUCUCUUAUUAUGAGGUCAUGA